AAAAGUAGAAAAGAUUUAGCGGCCGCUGCCGGUUUUAAUCGCAAUUUUCCGACCGCUUUUCGUCGUGGAAACCCUGCAACCCUCUUUGGUAUGCGCGCGGAUGUGAGGGCGCUGGUGCGUAGUUUAGCGUGUGCGGAACGGCGACGGCCACACCAGAAGAGAGGAAACUGAAGACGCUCGCUUCGGGCAUCAAAGCUUCGGGGCAGACUGCGGAACGAACGUUCUUACUCUCUAGUGCAAUCGGUGAAACCAAAAUUUGUGCAAUUCAAAACCCCCUCUCCCCCCAGCAAUAUCAGUGUGCCGUGUGCUUGUCCCCGUGUGUUAAUUGUGUCUGUGUGUAGUCUAUUAGCAUAUAAUGUAGUGGGCGCCCUCGCCCUUGCAGCAAAGCUGCCAAAAAAUCACUCCAAUACUCCAAUGGUUGGUUCAGCCAGAUUCGAUUGUCGCAGUUUUUAAUCCAGUUGUGUUUCGGUGGUGUACCGCCGGUGUCCAGAAUGGUUGACUAAAGAAUGUGCGAAUGCGUAUCGAGCGUGCGCAAGGAUGUGCCGGUUGCAAUAGCCUGCUCAGGUCCUGCUGUUAAUGUGGUAGCGAGAGCCAAAUCAUCCCCGGGUAUCGGGUGUACGUGAGAAGUGUUUCGCUGUCGCCGUCGCUGUCCCCCCACCGGUUUGGUUGCUUACUCCGCCAACUUAGAUCACCGACAACGUGAGCAUUGUAAGAUCGCUCACAGCUCCCUAGCGCGCUGGCGAUUAAGUUAUCGCACGUGCUUGACUCAGUAGUAGUUGCUGGUAGUAGUGUUUCGGUCCGAGAUGAUGAUGAUGAUGGUGAUGCGUUUGUGUCUCUAUCCGUUUAUGUGUGUAUAUAAAGAAUAGCAGCAACGAGAUGAUACAGCAAGAAGGAUCAAUAAUGCAAUUUAUGUGGACCAGUGAGAUAAGGCAAUUGCUUUGAGUGUCCGGGAAGUGAGAGCGAGAAGCAUCAGCAUACGUAGUCCAAAUCCGUUUAGAUCAUCCCACCAUGGCGGUAUGUGGGGGUCGUCUUCAGUUAUCUCACUAACAGCGUGAGAUGAUGGUGCGUCGUUCAGUGUGAGCGAAGCAGCAGCAGACCUCGCCGCUUGCCCGCCCGCCCGCCUACUCGAUCCCCAUGAUCGUAGAACCAGCUCUUGGCCACGUGCUUGGCGUAGCGACUCCAGGAACUGCGGUGGGUGUGCGCGACCCGACCCCAAAAGCCACCACCAGCGCAGCGUCAAUUGAUCCAGCCGCGUCGCUAUGCAGAUGAAUCAGUAGCGGAAGCGGAGCAACCCCAACCGAGACCCAUCAAUCACAAACUUCAACCAGCCAAUCGAUUCACCGCGUGAUCGACCGCGCUUCGAGCGCGUUCCUGCGCGUAGUCGCGUUCACGUACACAGAAUCCGCGUGUGUUUCCCGAUUUGUUUGUUUGCGUGCGGGUUGUGCGCGCGAAUAUCUGCUUCGCGCAUUAUCAUCGGUCACGUUAUCGCCGUUUUAUCAAUCGUUGUGCCGCACGGUCGGCUUCGCCGUAGGAGCGCCAGACUGCGGGGCGUUCUCGUGGCAACAUCGUGCUGACGAGGGACGCGAGUGCGGUACUGCACAAACGAGAAGUGUGUGCACGGGGAGAGGAAGCCAGCUGCCUGGUAGCGUGUGAUCCACGCUGUUCAAUCAACUUACGGCAGACGAUGUCGUGUGUCGUGGUGUCGAUGUGCGCGUAUGUGGAUAAUGUUGUGCUCUAGAACCGUCUGUAGUUGGUAUGCUUUAGCGUAGUGCGCCUUGUUCUCCGUACGUUGAACGAUCGAUCGUUCGCAGCAUGCGUGGAGCUAUCGUCGCGAACAUCUUUCCAGUGACGCAUAUUCGGUUCGGCAAUCAAAGGUGGCCAUCAGAUGAUGCGCCUGCUGCCAGCAGGCCCAAGGACCUCUAGUGCGACGACCGUCGUCUACCAGUUGGUUCUGGUAUGAGGUGCAGGAAGGGAGCGAGCGAUAUCUUCGAAUGUUUUCGACCGUCCACAGUUCCGUGCCGAAGGAGUGCGGGGCUGCAAGUAGUGUGUCAGCUGAGCAGUAGUAGUGCCGGGCAUCCGGGAAUGCACAAACAUUGUCCGAGUCCGAGGAGAAAUCGCCAGAAGAAGAAGUACGUCGGUGGUGGUGUUUGGGAGGCGCUGGAUCGCUUCUCUUCUUAAAUUCAUAUUUUUCGCGAUCGAACGAUUACAAACGAAACGCCAGAUUCAUGGCCAACCCACCUAACCUACUGCGGGAGAUGGUGAGCGGUCAACGGAAGCGCUUCAUCGAAGAUGGCUACAACCUGGAUCUUUCCUACAUUGGUGACCGGAUCAUCGCGAUGGGCUAUCCGGCGGACAACGUGGAAGCGAUCUAUCGCAACAAGCGCGGGGAUGUCGUCCGGUUCCUGAAGGAGAAGCACUCGGACUGUUGCAAGGUGUACAAUCUCUGCUCGGAGCGUGCCUACGAUGCGACCCUGUUUCAGCAUUACGCCGAGUACCCGUU